UAAAGUCAGCCUUAAUAUCAUGGAUCGUUGUAAAUGAAUUGCCAAACACUGAAUUGGAAAAGCUUUGGUACAGCUGCAGAAAGAUCAGGAUAGACAUGAGUGUCAUCUGUGAGUGCUAUCAUCAUAAAGCGGUUUGUCUCUAGGUCGGAUAUUCAUCUGUUCACUGUGCUUCAGCGAAACCUCUGAAGUAGCUCCCUACAAACAGACUGCACUUGUGGGCUCUCCAUCUAAAAACCUCAGCUGUUUUUAUCCCCCAUUCAUACAGUCACACGGGGUUGAUCUUCACACUCAGAGCGGCACUUCUCAUCAUCAAGUGUGCAAGGUUGUUUUUUGUUUUUUUUUUUAGGGCAAAACAUUUGUUUUAUAUUGAAAUGCACACACUAUUGCACACAUGGGCUAAACUUAUGUUUCCAAAUGUUGUACAUUUACAUAUAUAUAUAAAACUAAUACCUGAUUAUUUUAUUAUUUUACUGCCCAUGUACACUGUCUCUGUGAGGAUAUAUUCCCCAUUGCAGGACAAAUAAACGCUGUUCUUAUUUAUGUUGUUAAACUUAAAUUGCUGCUCCAUCUUAUCGUUCCAUCAGUUGACUGGCUAACGUCACAGAGCAGGCACACGCUGCCUAAUCCCUUUGAAGGGAAAAUGAAUAUUAGUAGCCUUGUGCAGGAAAGUAAGAGGAGUCGUAGCUGCGGGCUUAUCUAAUUGGAUUAGGUUUAUCAGGAAAGAGUCGCUUCCUAGAUGUUAAAUUAACAAGGCGUUUGAGAGCGGGAGUAAAGAAAUAUCUAUAUUUAAUGCAGAAGAGCCCAAAGGCGUUACUGGGAGGUAGCUAAUAAUGAGGACGUGUUUCUAAUUGCUCAUUCAUUAAAACUCAUUUAAAAAUGAUAAUCGGUCACUUUCUCUCACCUUUGUCAACCAUGCAUACGUUCAAUGUUUUCCUCAAAUGCAAAUUUCCUUCUUCAACAACAACCGAACGACUUCACACCUCAUUGAUUGCCUCUCAGUUGCGCUGCGUUGCUCGUGACAUGGCUCUUACUGCAAUGAUGAAUAAUUGAUCAGAACACGCAACAAACUGGGAUUAAAUUAAAACUGCUUUCAACCGUGCAAAAGUCUUCACAGUUAAGUUGUUUUUACUGCUGGACUUUUUUUUAAGCAGACACUGUUUCCUGAAUCCUAAAUUACUGGCAAUUGUAAGUGACAGUCGUUUUAAAAAUAUGACAGUAUUAACAAUAUAGUGAUGACUAGUAACUAUUAUUUAAACAUAAGUAUGUGUCUAUCUUUGUGUGUUGAACCAAUUAUUAUUAUUAUUUUUACAUAUAAACAUAAUGGAUAUUUAGUAAUAGUAAUAACAAUAGCAAUACUACUACUAUUACCCUGUAAACUUCUUGAUGUAUGAAAGUGGGUGAACGUAGAGCUUCAAAUGUAAUAGUAAACUGUAACGCCAUUCUAAUUCAAAGUUUCAUAGAGAAACAGGUGGGCAGCCGUGCCUUUAUGCUUUGUGGUGGUUGGGAAGCCAACACUGAUCUGUUGACCUGAGCUUUUGUCUGUGAAGGCGUGAGCUCAGUAUCUGUCGGCCACACCCUGCUGUGUGGUCAUUUGAUUUACACGUGUGAGAGCGUGUGUCCAGGAGGAAGGAGGGUAUAGGUGAUGUCAUUUUUGAUGACAUCAUUACAGGCCGGCAGGGAAGUGCAGUAGAUGUGGCUUUCGACCCAGCUCUGCACAGCUGCUCUGCCUUAGCACUGUGGCCUGCCCGGCCUUUAAUCCCCCUUUUUUGCAAACAUUGGCGGUGCAUGAGCUCCAGAAAUAACCUCGAACUCACCCCUAUCUCCUCUGCCAGUCUACCAAUUUUGGCUCAAAUUGGGCAUGGCAAGCCCUCCCACCUCAUUCCUGUCUGACUACCAGCAACCCUUUGGCUGGCCUCGCUGCCCAAGUCACUUUGCCAAAGCUGAGCUCCAGACCCACGGUGUUUAAAUUCUGCCCAAAGGCUCAACCUAAGCCCAACUGUGCCCACACCAAGGGCUGUUGCCCCAGUCCGUGUCCUAUAGUUACAGGAGUGUUAGCAACAGUAGCUUAACACCUCCCACUGAGGCCGACAGGACAAAGAGCAAACAAGGCAGUGCCGCACGCACACGCACACACACACGCACACGCACACGUGCACAGACAUACAUGUGAUCCCAGCACAGUAAGCUCCUCCCAGCCCAGGGAAACAGAGCUGGGAGGUAGAGUCAUUCCCUGACAAUAGGAAAGGGAGGGGCUUAGCUGUAGUUGGACGGAGGAGGAAAUUACAAGUGAGAACAUAUUUUACAUUCUUAAGACAGAGUAAGCUUUUAGAGCACACUUAGACAUGAUUUAAAGAGAAUAAAUCAGGAGAAAAGAGAGAGAGUGUGAUAAAGAGUAAUGUAGAACUGAUAACAUAGGAAGUAGGACAUGCCAUGUUCAGGCUGUGCAGGAAAGGGAGGGAGAACGGAGAGGGAAAAGGGAGAGGGGGGAUGAGAGAGAGAGAGAGAGAGCAAUAUAGAUUUUAGCGCUGAUUCUCCACCCCUCGCCUACAGCAGAGAGGAGUCAGGGUGAGAAGGAGGAGGAAGAGGACCACAAGUAAGGAAGAGAAAAGGCAAAGCGACAGUCUGCAUCAGCAGCAGCAGCAGCAGCAGCAGCAGCAGCAGCAGGGGGGAAUGGAGCUUUGAAAUUACCCCAGCCUCUAUCCAUCCAUCCCUGCCGUUCUGUUUUCAUUUUUCCUCCUCCCUCUCGUUCUGCCUCAGCCUUGGUUCCUCUCCACUUGACUUUGAAUGUUCUGUGAAAUUCUGACAAUGGCUGAUCUCAUCUGAUGCCGAGGCUGAAGGAGUCUCGCUCCCAUGAGUCACUGCUCAGCCCAAGUAGCGCUGUGGAAGCCCUGGACCUAAGUAUGGAGGACGAGGUCAUUAUCAAACCUGUUCACAGCAGCAUCCUCGGGCAGGACUACUGCUUUGAGGUCACCACCUCCACGGGAAGUAAGUGUUUUUCCUGCCGUUCAUCAGCAGAGAGAGACAAAUGGAUGGAAAAUCUGAGGAGAGCGGUGCAGCCCAACAAGGACAACAGCCGUCGAGUGGAGAACCUGCUGCGGCUGUGGAUCAUCGAGGCCAAGGAUCUGCCGGCGAAAAAGAAAUACUUCUGUGAGCUGUGCCUGGAUGACUCACUAUACGCUCGCACCACCUGCAAGCUCAAGACCGACAAUCUCUUUUGGGGAGAGCACUUUGAGUUUAAUAACCUACCUGCGAUCAAAAGCAUCACUGCACACCUCUACAAAGACACAGACAAGAAGAAAAAGAAAGACAAAAACAAUUACAUCGGACUUGUCAACAUCCCCGUCGCCGCCGUUACUGGACGACAGUUUGUGGAGAAGUGGUAUCCGAUCAGUACUCCUAACCCCCCUAAAGGCAAGACAUCAGGGCCCAUGAUUAGAAUCAAGGCUCGCUAUCAGAGCAUGAACAUCCUCCCUAUGGAGAUGUACAAGGAGUUCGCAGAAUACACCACCAAUAACUACAUGCUGCUGUGCUCGGUGCUUGAGCCCGGGAUUAGUGUGAAGAACAAGGAGGAGAUGGCGUGUGCGCUGGUGCACAUUCUGCAGAGCACAGGCAAGGCCAAGGACUUUCUCACAGAUUUGAUGAUGUCUGAAGUGGACCGCUGUGGAGAGAAUGAGCACCUAAUCUUCAGAGAGAACACGCUCGCUACAAAGGCCAUAGAGGAAUACCUGAAACUGGUGGGGCAGAAGUAUUUGCAGGACGCCCUUGGUGAGUUCAUCAAGGCCCUCUACGAGUCAGAUGAGAACUGUGAAGUCGAUCCAUCCAAGUGUUCAUCAGGUGACCUGCCAGAACACCAGAGUAACCUGAAAAUGUGCUGUGAGCUGGCUUUCUGCAAAAUCAUCAACUCCUACUGUGUAUUUCCACGAGAACUAAAAGAGGUCUUUGCAUCGUGGCGGCAGGAGUGCAGUAACCGCGGCCGACCAGACAUCAGCGAACGUCUGAUCAGCGCGUCUUUGUUUCUCCGUUUUCUCUGUCCAGCCAUCAUGUCCCCGUCACUUUUCAAUCUGAUGCAGGAAUAUCCCGACGACCGCACGGCACGGACGCUCACUCUCAUCGCCAAAGUCACCCAAAACCUGGCCAAUUUCACCAAAUUCGGUAACAAGGAAGAGUACAUGUCUUUUAUGAAUCAGUUCCUGGAAAAUGAGUGGGCCAACAUGCAGCGCUUCCUGCUGGAAAUCUCGAAUCCAGAGACAAUCUCUAACACUGCGGGCUUCGAGGGUUAUAUCGACCUGGGGAGGGAGCUGUCCACACUGCACUCCCUCCUGUCUGAGGUGGUGUCUCAGAUGGACCAGAGCGGCGCCUCAAAGCUGGGUCCUCUGCCCAGAAUCCUGCGUGAAGUAAACACCGCUCUGUCGAACCCUUCCAGUGUCCAGACGACAUCUGGACAGUCAUCAGAGCACCUGGGCUCCUCGUCUCCUCCUGAAGCCAGCUGCAGCAUCUCCUCCGGUCUGCAGAAGAUGGUGAUAGACAGUGACCUUUCAGGAUUGGUGGACUUCACCAGGCUACCAUCCCCCACUCCAGAAAACAAGGACAUAUUCUUCGUGACACGGAGCUCAGGGAUCCAACCUUCCCCCGCACGCAGCUCCAGCUACUCAGAGACAAAUGAGCCAGACCUUGGUAUGGCCAAUGGCAGCAAAAGUUUGUCAAUGGUCGACCUCCAGGACCCACGCAGUUUGGAAGGUGGUUUAGGUCCCAGCACCUCGGACGUCUUGGGUGAGGGGUCAAGCUCUGGUGCUGUGUGGUCAGCCAGAGUGCCGCAGCCUAACAUGAUGGGAGGCCCCAAUUUGAGGAGGCCAGGCCAGACACCAUCCACCCCUGUCACAGAGACCACACCAGGGCGACCCGCCCAGUUACUUGCCCCCCUUUCCUUCCAGAAUCCAGUGUACCAAAUGGCAGCCUGCCUGCCUGUGUCGCCUCGUGGACUGAACGACUCGGGCUCAGAGUGCCAUAGUUCUGUCAGUUCCCAUAGCAACAACGAAGAGGCACCAGCAAUGGGGAAGCACACCUAUUUGAACCACGGAGGUGCAGGAGCCGGCGGAGCAGGGGGGAGCAGCGGGGACGAGUACACCAGGCGUUCGGGGGAGUUUAAUCGUCGACAGUUGUCUCUGACAGAAACGCAGCAUCAGCCCUCUGUUCCCAGGCAGAACAGCGCUGGUCCGCAGCGAAGGAUAGACCAACCUCCGCCCCAGAACAUGAAUCGAGGCCGUACCCCUUCCAAUCUCCUCAACAGUGGAGUCUAUCCGCGGCCCUCCUCGGGGAGCAUGAUGACGUCAUCCCCCGACUGGCCUGGCAGCGGCGCGCGGUUACGGCAGCAGUCAUCUUCCUCCAAAGGUGACAGUCCUGAGACCAAACACAGAGCUCAGCACAAGCAGGCCCCCUCCCCUGUCAACCCAAGUGCGCUGGACCGCACAGCAGCCUGGCUGUUGAAUAUGAAUGUGCAGUAUUUAGACCAUGAGGGAUUGGAGCCCGAGUCACUGAGAAACAGAGAGGAUCUGAAUCAGGUGGAGAAGUACCAGCAGGAGAUCGCUGUGCUGCAGGAGAAACUGCGGGCAUCCGUGCAAAAGCUGGAAGAGUACGAAGCCCGUCUGAAAGGUCAAGAUGAACAGGCGCAGAAAGUGCUGAUGGAAUAUCAGGCCAGACUGGAGGAGUCGGAGGAGCGCCUGCGCAGACAGCAGGACGACAAGGACCUCCAGAUGAAGAGCAUCAUCAGCCGGUUAAUGUCAGUGGAAGAAGAGCUGAAAAAGGACCACUCAGACAUGCAGGCAGUGGUGGACUCCAAACAGAAGAUCAUCGACGCACAGGUGACUUUGUCUUCUGACGUUCAGUGUGAAGGUCGCGUCCAGUGCUGUAUAAACCCAAUGACUGGAAAGAAAAUAACAAAGAAUUCAAAUAAUAAAGUAUUGACAUUAGUUCCGGGCCAAAUGGGAGGAAUUCCUGGGCUGCAAGUGGCCCCCGAGCCAAAGGUUGGAGAUCACUGCCCUAAGUAUUAAGAGUUUUACUCUGUCGUACCUGAAAACCUAGAUAUACA